AUGGCCUGCUCUUUAGAAUCAUUAGAAAUUGUGAUGGACUCUAUAGACAAAUAUUGUCUUAUGACAGGUGAAGAUGGGCAUCGGUCACAAGGAAAGCCAGAAGAAGCGGUUAAGCAAAUUGUUGCUGACUUAAUUGAGAAAGAGGCUUUCAAUCAUCAACCUGGUCGGGAUGGUUACCCUUCAUUCCCUAAUUUCCCAUCUAGUAUACUUGAUGGGGGCUUGACUAUAGAGACCUUCACAAAUGGAUGA